UCCCACCCAAUCGGCAACGUCGACUGCUUCUACCUACAUCAUAUAAGAGUUGACCCAGCCAUCCAUCAGACACUUCACCAUGUGUUUCGGAAGCAAAGACAAGACCGACGAUACACCCGGUCCACGACCAGCACAACCUCAACAGUCACCGUCACAGGCUCCAGGAAAAGUCAACAUGCCUUCACCAGCGCAGUACAACGACCAGAAUGACUAUGCCCCUCCUUCUGGACCUCCCCCGAACUUUGGGCAUAACCAGCAACACUCCGGCAACGACUACGCUCCUCCGUCCGGUCCUCCCCCGAGCUGGGGACAUAACCAGUCCUCUGCAAAUGAUGAUUUCGCACCGCCGCCUGGUCCUCCCCCUACUCACGCCAGACCCUACCAAAACAACGAUGAUUUUGCUCCUCCUCCCGGCCCCCCUCCCUCCCACCAUCAACAACGCCAUGACGACUUCGCCCCUCCUCCCGGACCUCCCCCUUCUCACCACCAGCAUCACCAAGAUGACUACGCCGCUCCUCCUCCCGGCCCUCCUCCCUCCCACCAACAACACCACGACGACUACACCCAGGCUCCCCCAGGCCCCCCAUCUUCCCAGUCCAAGCCGCCUGCCAACAAGCAACACGACUGGGAAUCCUUCGUGCCCGACACCGCGCUCUUCCCUCCUCCUCCGGCCUUCUUCACCGGCUACGACCGCUCGCACACCACCAACGCCACGGAAGAAGAAGCCAACGCGGGCGAAGCCUGGUGCGCUGCAAACCCGCUGACGGCGCCCAUGGACCUAGACCCGGUGGCGCUCGACGCGCUCCGGACGCACAACAUCCGGCUCAUGUCAUCCCCGCAGUUCCGCGGCAAGCUCGACUGGGUCAGCGCUGGCGUGUGGAAGUGCAAGACGGAGAAGGCGGCGGGGGACGCUUGUAUCAUCAGCUACCCGCCGCUGUACUGCGUCAAGUAUGAUUCACCCUUGAUCCCGUCACAUACUUCCCGGACGACGAAGACUAUCUAUUACGAGGUAUCCAUCCCGCGCCCGGCAUCCAACAACCCCUUUCUGGGCGCCAUGGGCGGAGGCAGCGGUGGCGGCAACGACGAAAUCACCCUAGCGCUAGGCUUCACAGCCCUGCCGUACCCAGCCUUCCGCAUGCCGGGCUGGCAUCGGGGUUCCUUGGCCGUGCAUGGCGAUGAUGGGCACAAGUACGUUAAUGACCGGUGGGGCGGCAAGGAUUUUACGCGGCCGUUUAGGAGGGGGGAGACGUAUGGGAUUGGUAUGACGUUCACGAACACCGGCGGGAAGCUGGAUGUGAAUGUCUUCUUCACGAGGGAGGGAAGGAUCACGGAGCAGUGGGAUUUGCAUGAGGAGGGCGAUGCGGAGCAGGAUUUGCCGGUCACGGGCUUGGAGGGGUUUCAUGAUUUGAGCUGUGCGAUUGGAACGUUUUCGGCUGUUGAAUUUGAGGCUGUUUUGGAGCCGGGUAGGUGGAAGUUUAGGCCGCAGGGCUUGUGAGUGGCUUUGGGGAGAGUUUGAUGUGAGCGAUGGGAGUGAUGGAUAAUGAGCAUCAAUGGGCAAUGAUGUUAUGAUAUUUUUAAUGAUUAGGGGUUUCUUCAAUUACGGCCCUGUCCGUCUUUGUUUCCACUCUUGACGGUAUUACUCAGAACUAAGGUAGGUAUACGAAGUUCAUUCUCAGGAUGAGUUGAUCAGAUGUUAUAAAGCAACAGAAAUCAUU